UAUUAAAGCCAUCGUCCCGCCCCUUGCGUGCCUCUUUCCGUCUCCGGCCGCCGUCGCGUGAGGAGUCGCCGCCAUGUCCGCGCAUCUGCAAUGGAUGGUCGUGCGGAACUGCUCCAGUUUCCUGAUCAAGAGGAACAAGCAGACGUACAGCACCGAGCCCAAUAAUCUGAAGGCCCGCAACUCCUUCCGCUACAACGGGCUGAUUCACCGCAAGACCGUGGGAGUGGAGCCUGCCGCCGACGGCAAAGGGGUCGUCGUGGUCAUGAAGCGGAGAUCCGGCCAGCGGAAGCCAGCCACCUCCUAUGUGCGGACCACCAUCAACAAGAAUGCGAGGGCCACCCUCAGCAGCAUCAGACACAUGAUCCGCAAGAACAAGUACCGCCCUGACCUGCGCAUGGCAGCCAUCCGAAGAGCCAGUGCCAUUCUGCGCAGCCAGAAGCCUGUGGUGGUGAAGAGGAAGCGGACCCGGCCCACUAAGAGCUCCUGAGCCCUGUGCCCCUAGAAGCAAUAAAGAGUCCACUGACUUUCUCAA